GUGUUCCUCUUUGCUAUGGUCCUCUGUAUGUACCUCAUCACCCUGGCAGGGAACACUCUCAUUAUUGUAGCCAUCUACAUUGAUCCACGGCUCAACACACCCAUGUACUUCUUCCUGUGCAAUCUGUCCAUCUUGGACAUUGGCUACACAACUAGUGUGGUGCCACAGUUGCUGGCCCAUUUCCUGACUAAUAACAAAAGCAUAUCUUUCAACCGGUGCAUGGCACAGCUUUAUUUUGCUUUAUUCUUAGGUAGUGUUGAAUACAUUCUGUUAGCAUUCAUGGCUUAUGACAGAUAUGUGGCUGUCUGCCAUCCUUUGCGCUACAGGAUAAUCAUGAGUAGGAGUGUGGCUUCCUGGAUCUCUGGCUUUAUCAAUGCUGUGGUGCAUACUACCUUCACCAUGCGCCUUCAUUUCUGCAACUACAACAUCAUCAACCAUUUUCUUUGUGAACUCCUUGCUGUUAUCAAUCUGGCUUGUUCAGACACUUUUGUUAAUGAGAUUGGACUUACUGUGUCAUGGGUCCUUGUCCUGUUAAUCCCUUGUACUUUUAUAAUGCUCUCCUAUGUGUAUAUCAUCAGUGCCAUCUUGCACAUCCACUCCGCAGAAGGCCGGCACAAAGCCUUCUCCACAUGCACCUCUCACCUGACUGUGGUCACCCUCUGCUAUGGCACAGUGAUGCUUGCUUACAUAACUCCUAAAAAUGAGACUUCCCCCCACCGGGACAAGAUCCUGUCUUUCUUAUAUGCAGUAGUCACACCCAUGCUCAACCCUCUCAUAUACAGUUUAAGAAACAAGGAUGUAAAAACAGCCCUAACAAAAGUAAUACAAAGGAAAAAUAUUAUUUUGAAAAGGUGA